CAUCACAUAGCGAUGGAGACAUUUUAAAAUAAACACCAAGCUAACUGCUAACAGAGCUGCAAGCGCACUGCGUCAAAACACAUAAAAAUAAUCAACCAUUCACUGAUCGCUUCUCUGUUACGAACGUAAAUCAGGAAAAACGAAACUCUCCUAAAAUGCCAAAAAGUCUGAUGUCGAUGUAUGAAUAACUAACGCUGUGCUGGUAAGUUCCUGUCCAGGCACAUCGGUCCAUAUCUCCUGGACCUUUGGGCUCUGGGCUUCACUUUCUCAAGAAAUGGCGGAUUCUGAAAAGUCAGAGGAGUUUUUGGAUGCGGAAUGCCCUCCUGAGUGUCUUGCAGAAACACAGACGGCUACGCCUUGUGCUCAGGAUGAACAUCUGAAAACGGAAACAACUACUAGUACGAGUUCACCCCCCAGGGAGAAGGAAGGAGACAGUCCCUUGAAUACUGAGGGAGAGCAAAGUCUCCUCUCCAUGCCAUGCCUAAUGAAGGAGCUUCGCCGAGACUCCCCAGAGUCUCAACAUGCCUCCACAGGAAGUGACAAGCCUGUGUCACGUCACAUCUAUGAGAGCGACUCCUCGAAUCCCUGUAUGUUGUCUCCGUCUUCCAGUGGCCACCUGGCUGACUCAGACACACUCUCCUCAGGGGAAGAAGGUGCUGCUGCUAAUGCUGGAGAAGAGGGAUCUAUGGAAGCUGAAAAUAAUCCUGGUCUGUUAGAAAAGAAAGAGGGGUCUGCAACAGCUUCAGGAGGAAGAAAGUCUCGCCGAUCACAUUCGGAGAGUGAAAUGCCUUCUAACGCGAUGGCCGCAAAGAAGAACCGCUGCCAGCCAACAGCGAUGACACCAGGGCAGGAAAAACAAACCAAUGGCAAGUUGGGAAAAGUUAAAAGUCACCGGAGUCAAAAACACAAGGAGCGCAUGCGUCUACUGAGGCAGAAACGAGAGGCGGCAGCUCGAAAGAAGUAUAACCUCCUGCAGGAUAGCAGCACCAGCGACAGUGAGCUCACAUGCGACUCCAGCACCAGCUCCUCAGAUGAUGACGACACUUCUGGUGGGAGCAAGACAAUCAAGACAGAUAUUCCAGCUGGCUUCAGACGUGCGUCGGAGAGAUCCAGAGUGGGAGCCCAGAUUCAUGGGCUGCUGGACACCAGUUCGUGGGACAGGAACGGCAUCAGCAGCGUUCUGGAGGAGGCCAUGACGCGUUUUGCCGUGAUGCAGCGCCAGACCGAGGAGCGCUUCCGCAUCUGGAUGGAAAAGCUGGCACACCUCGACUCGGACAACGAUUCGUCCAAGCGCUCAAGUGACGCCCCUGAGGGGCAGCAGGUGGCCCAGCUGUCGCCCCCAAGUUCUUUUUUGCCAUCGUCGGAGUCUGCAGAGACUAUGGCCGCCUACAUGCUGGCACGAGAGAACAACAGUCUCACUCCCACUCCAAUGAACAACAAUAACAUCCUCCCCGAAGCAGUGGCUCAGAAUGGGAAUCUAGGUGUUCCAGAUCCUGGUCUCUUGAAUGUUUAGUGCUUCAGUUCAUGUAGUUUGAUUCACAAAAUCUAGUUCUAGUUGAUGCUGAAAGAGUGGUAGUGAUAGUGAAACGAUUUGAGAGUCUCUGAGCAAAUACACUAUUGACAGCAGCCAGACCUGAGGUGGUCAUACAGUCUUGCUUCUGUUCAGACCUUGAGCUCAGUGUUCCCUUUGGCCCUGAAUCACUGUGAGAUUUGACAUUCAGAGUUAUCCAACUCAGCUGUUUGAUUCCUGCUGCUUCUGUGACAUGGACACUGAAUCUUUUCCAACACUGAUAAAUCAAUCAGGGCUGUUAUUCUAAUAUAGGUUGUUUGGCUUGUUUGUUCUCAUUUAACAGCUGUCUGUAUGCAUACAAAGUAUCUGAUUCAUACUGAAGUGCACAUUAUGCCACCUGGGCAGAGGUUACUACAGUGCUAGGUGGGGUGCUGCUGAGUAAUAGCAUGUGCCUUGUCCCUCUAAAGCAUUUUAGUGCCGUUUCUGUAGCAAUCAGGUUUAACACUCCACAUCGUUCAUUGUCUCUUGAACUAUUUGCACCAAGCUUGCAAAUGGUCCAGGAAGAUCUAUCAAACAGCUUUCUAUCUUGGUGGCAUAGCUUUACUAACAGCAGAACAUUUAUCAUAAAUUUGCCUAUAAAUAUAAAUGCAAUAUACUUGCCAUAAAAAAUGUUUUCUGUUACUAGCUAUUACAUGUUUUAUUGUUGGCCUUUCCAUUAUAUUUCUUUUCUUUUUUGUAGCAAUCUAAGCUACUGAAGGAGAAACGUUAUCUCCUGUUUGUUUUUGUUUUCUAUGUCAACUCUUAGAUACUGUGGACUUUAGAAAAACUGCUAGAUAAUUGUGUGGCAGUAAGCUGCAAGAGUGACAGUUUAACAUUGAUGUAUUUGCCUUGUUUGGUUUGCACUGGUUUUGUCUCCCAGGUUGGCCUUGAGCUCCAUGAGACACUUGUAGUAGCUUAAACUUGAGGGUUAAAUGAAUUGAAGCUGCAAUAUGGAGCAUGGUAAUGUUUACAAAUAUUCCUGAAAAAAAGAAAGAAGAACAGACUGAUAUGACAGACUGAUUAAUGCUAUGUUCUGUGGUUCUUAUUCUGUGGUCUAAUGAAAAAUGCUCAUCCUGUUCCCUCUUCUUACACUAAACUGGACAACAUUUGAUGCCCUGUAACAGCGGUUCAAGCCCCAAUGCAUUUUAUUACAAUCCUAUGUGAAAUUGCAGAACAAAGAGGUGAAUCAAUUGGGAGAUGAUACAUAGUUUAAAAAUCUUAUUGGGAAUGAAAACCUAAUUGGUUAGCCCGCAUUAUUGCUGAACUCUCCUGAGUCAGCGCUUUGUACUGUCAGCUAGCAUUAGGGAGGAGUCUUGGCAUUGCGAUACGAUAAGAGUCAUGACACUUCGGUCCCAAUACAAUAUUAUCACGAUAUUGCAAUAUCACUAUAUAUUCCGAUAGUUUUCCCAGAUAUUAAAAUUAAUCGUAUAAAUAAAAAUGCAAGUGCUGUAUAUCAGUUCAUCAGAACAUAUUGAUCAUUCAGUUGUUUUUGUAUCGUUGUUUGGGGUUUGAGUCAGUCCAUGUCUUCCACUGUGACUGCUUCAACUAUAGAUAUGGUGCUGCGCUGCACAGAUAUAGGGCUCCCAGCGCUAUCUGCCAGAGUGGUGGUGCAGAGGUCGCCCAAUUUGACCUCAUUGUUUUAGGUAAAAAAAAAAAGUUUUUAUUUUUAUUUUUUUAUCGAUAGUAGGAACUGAAAGAUCAAAAUUAUAUUGGUCACCCAAAAAUCCCGAUAUAUCUCCAAAUCGAACCUUCCACCGCAGUGCACAUUUUUUAGGUGUGUCUUCAAAAACCUGAUGUGUUUAGAUAACGUGAUUUUUGGCCUAUUGUCUUUGGCAUAAUGGCUCAAGAUAAAGUAGAAUAGAUGGAUAUUUACUUGAACAACACUUUUCAACCUUUUAAAGAAAUGUUUGUUUUACAUCGGAGCCUGGCCCAUGCCAUUCUAAUAUGAAUAUGCCUCAAAAUAGGCUUAAAUCAGAGUAACUAGCCUUUCACAUCAACCUUUUAAGUCUGUUUAUAUGCUUUAAUUUGAUUCCUGUCAAUUUCUGGUUGCAUGUUGGAGUUUUGGUGCAGGUGAGUCCUGCUGAUACCGCCAACAUCUUUUUCCACAUGUUAUCUUAUUUUAAAGCUGCAGCGGGGAAUUCAGAGAAAACGGUGGGCUUACAAGCACACCUUACAGGUCCUUCUCUCUUGGUCUCUGCUGCACUACAGCUCUUCCCCCAUAACAGAGCCCGCCGUAAAAGCAGGGCCAUCCAUGGCUGCGAAUAAACAGCCAUGCCACACUCACUGGUAGGAGAGCAUGACGGCAAUCUUUAGCUUGGAUGUCAGGGCAGUUAUGUAAAAUCUUUGGGAGUAAAAAAAAAUUCAUGAAAGUUACCCGCUGCACCUUUAAAAUGACCCGAGACCAGUUAGACUCUCUGAGAUGCGUUUUUUUUAACCACGUAUAAUUUCUUUGUCAUUUCACUGCUUUGUACUUAUGUGCAAUUUUAAUACAUUUGAAUUUAAUAGUUUGUAAAGCUAAAAAGGUUCAAGGAAUAACAUUUGGAAGUUUCUGUAUAAAACCCUAUGGUAACAUCCAUAACACACAACACUACAGACAAGCCGUUAUGAGUGGAAUACUCGACCCAUAGGUUUUAAUGGCUGGGAGUGUAGGAAAUAUUUAUGUAAACGUGUGUCUGUUUUCCAGAUCUCAAAGCUGAACGCAUUGAUGCCACACCUGUUUGCAUGUGAUUAUAUAACCGUGUGGUGAAAGGCCAAAUUAGUUUUCAUCAGCAGCAUGUGUGCAAGGUAGAGCUGUGCUUGAUGCUGAUAUGAAUGGCGACUGGCGGGACAUUUUUAUCACUUGAAUUCUUUACUACUUGCCCUGUGAUUAUUGUUUGGGAUUUUAUGAUUUUUUUUUUAGCCGUUUGGAUUUAAGUAGAUCCAGGAUCUUCCGUUUUGGAUUUACAAAAAAUCAGUUUACUAACAUUAUGAAGAACACUUGGUGCAAACAAUCAAAAUGUGCAUUGAGCAGACUAAGGGACAGUCCGUUGUUUACCAAAGAGACUCUCCUGGUUUACAUUAGUCCUUUUUCUACCAUUAAAAGCUGAACUUUAUAAUUGGAGGAGCUCAGUUUCCCUAGUUACUGUGGUAGAAGUCUAUUUCAGCUCUAUCAGCUGUUCUUAAGUUCUUGCAUUGUACAUGCAGUCCAGACAAACCUGCUGAAACACCUACACACAUGUCUGGAUAAUGGUAAGCGUACCACUCUGAGGGGUUCUCUUUACAGGGUAGAUUACCAACGUGUGCUCCUGUUCUUCCACAGUUACUCUUCCGUUGUUUAGCUGUUUAUCAUCUGAACUGUGUUUCACAGAGCAAGGUUAUUUUUAAGUGUUUUGUAAAAACUGUAGUGUAGUUUUUAUGUGGAUGGCUAUUAUUUUAAAAUCAAUAAA